AUGCUGCGCUGGCGCUACACUGACCCUAAGCUGGGCCCCGUUCUAAUAUCACACUAUACGAGCCGAAGAAAACAUGUUCUGUAUAUUAAUUUUCAAAUUAUAUCUCUUCUUUUAUAUACUUUCAGAAGACACAUCAAUGCCAAAAGGGAGGCUAUUGAAGUGAAGAAGAAGUACUUCAAUUUGAAACAAAGAGCUAAAAGCAAGAUCGACGGCCUCAAAAGGUCAAUGGCCACAACUGGAGGAGGGCCUCCACUCCCAGCACUGUCCAACGCGGACGAGGUCCUUUGUCAGUCUUUGGAGGGGAGGCCAGGUAUUCAUGGCCUAGAACAUGGCAUUGGCACUGAUGUCAUUCAUGAUGGCGAUGUAGCUGCCGCUGCACCAGAAGGUCUGCAAGGUGAAGCACAUCACAUUGAUGAGCAAGACAUCCCAGCAGAAGACAAAAAGACCGGGCGCAAACGAAAAAGAACACAAGCUGAGGCAACACAUGACAACACGAUACAGGACACGGAAAGGAUCAAACUUGAACAGAGGAAGCUGAAACUGGAAAUUGAAGUGUUAGAAAAAAAUCAAAAGAAAUUAGACAUUGAAAUUCAAGUGCUGCAGAGGAAAUCAGUCUACUACCAACUAAAAAUGAAUGCGGAAUUUGGUGUUUCUCUUGUCGAAUCAUGUCCAACUGAAGAAUAAUUAUUAUCAAAAUUACUAAAGACAGUUAUGUAGAAAUGCAAUAUGAAUGACAACAACAUUUACUGAUUUGCUUGGACAUGAUCAGUUGAAUUUGACAGAUACAAUAGUUAAUGAUAAUUCAAAGAAAUAUUGUUACACAUUAUCAACUCUAUCUGUAUUGUUUUAUCACUAUUCAUUACAUAUGCAAUUGCUCCAAAAAUCCUGAUUUUUUUGUUAUGUGCUCUUAAGUAAGAUCAUUUUAAAGCAUGUAACUCUAACAUUGUGAUGAUAAUUCAGCAUUUAUGCAAGUAUGAUGUGCCAACAUAAAGACAUAAAUAUAGAAUGUCUAGUGAUCAUGACUUUACUUAUAGUUUAUGCAAUUUGUGUAGACCUAGAUGAUGAAUACCAUGCACUUUUCAUUUGUCCAGCUGAUACUAACAUUAGGUCAAGAUAUUUGUCCUUCAUACAGACUAUUAUGAAUAUCCUAACAUGCAUAAGUUCUGUAUCUUUACUCACAACAAAUGACAACAUUUUAUUCCAGCUAACUCUUUAUCUUGUUCAAAUUUAGAAAUUAAGAAACAAAUAUGAAUUGAAUUGCUCUGUCACAAUGUGCAAUGUUAGAAAUUUGAACUAGUCCUGCAGUUCGUGCCAAAGUGUCCACUUGUCAAUGUAUGAAAGAACUUGUAGACAUAUGCCAUUUUUCAGGUUUCUGCUAUAUGUUAUCAUUGUAAGGACUUGUGGACUAAAAAUGGUAGUUUCUACCGUAGUAUGUGCUUUAUAUUAUAACAUUUUCCCACUUUACUUGCCGUAAAAGGCGGCAAACGGGAUCGGGUGGUCAGGCUCACUGACUUGGUUGAUACAUGUCAUCGAUCCCAAUUGCGUGGAUCGAUGCUCAUGAUAUCAAUCACUGGAUUGUCUGGUCCAGACACAAUUACUGUACAGUCCUCCGUCAUAUAGCUGGAAUAUUGCUGAGUAAGGAGUUAAACAACAAAUAAAUCUGCACUGUUGGCAUGGCCAGACUAUACAAAUUAAAUAUUGUUCCAUUUUGUGCACUGCUUGUAUCUGAAUAAAACAUUGAAUGAC